UCACGUGGUGACGACCGUUCAAAACACUCGGGAACCAAGGUUGAAUGAAUGGAUCAUUUAAAUAUAAUUGCAGCAACCGGGAAGCAGUUUGAUAUACAAAUUCAUUACUCUUAAAUAUUACUAACUUCAGAAAAGGCUUAUGUGCUCCGCGACGCUCGAUUUUCGACUCGGGGAACUUAAUGUGACAUUUGGUGGCGUUGAGUCCUUUUCAGCACCACUGCAUCAACAUGGGUGUGAUCGGUGUGCAGCUGGUGGUUACCAUGGUAAUGGCCAGUGUCAUUCAGAAGAUCAUACCUCAUUAUUCCUUCGCAAGAUGGCUGCUCUGCAGCGGAGGUCUUCGGUGGUACCAGCACCCUACGGAAGAUGAGUUGAGGAGCCUUGCUGGAAAACAACAAAAAACAAAGAGCAAGAAGGACCGGAGGAACAAUGGCCACAUAGAUUACAAGCCUCUGACCAUUCCCAAGGACAUAGACCUGCAGCUGGAGACCAAGUGCAUCACAGAAGUGGAUACGUUAGCGUUGCACUACUUCCCAGAGUUCCAGUGGCUGGUGGACUUCACGGUGGCAUCCACAGUGGUGUAUCUGAUCACAGAGCUGUACUACACUGUGGCCCAGCCCUCAGGAGAGAUGAACAUCAGCGUGGUGUGGUGCCUGCUGGUCCUUGCCUUUGUCAUUAAGACUCUGUUCUCCCUGACGGCCUUCUACUUCAAGCUGGAGGAGGGCGGUGAGCGCUCACUCUGCAUCACCUUCGCUUUCUUCUUCUUCGUCAAAGCCAUGGCCAUCCUCAUCGUCACCGAGAACUACCUGGAGUUUGGCCUGGAGACAGGUUUUGCAAAUUUCUCUGAAAGUGCCACACAUUUUUUAGAGAACCAGGGGUUGGAGUCCCAGGGUCCCAUAUCUAAACUCACCUUUAAGCUGAUCCUGGCCCUGCUCUGCUCUCUGAUUGGUGCAUUUCUCACCUUCCCUGGCCUACGAUUGGCCCAAAUGCACCUGGACGCCCUCAACCUGACCACAGCUAAAGUCACACAGACCUUGCUUCAUAUCAACUUCCUGGCCCCUCUUAUUAUGGUAUUGUUGUGGGUCAAGCCCAUAACCAAGGACUACAUCCUGAACCCUACCCUGGGGAAGGAGAGUGUGCCUUUGAUGACUGAGGAGACGUACGAUACGUUGCGUUUAUGGACCAUCCUGCUGCUGUGUGUGCUGCGCCUGGCUAUGAUGAGGCACCACCUCCAGGCCUACCUCAGCCUGGCCCAGAAGGGCGUGGAGCAGAUGAAGAAGGAGGCGGGACGCAUCAGCACUGUCGACCUGCAGAAGAUGGUGGCCCGUAUUUUCUACUACCUAUGUGUAAUCGCACUGCAGUAUGUGGCACCCUUGGUGAUGUUGCUGCAUACAACCUUGCUGCUAAAAACCUUAGGUGGACACUCCUGGGGGGUGUACCCUGAGGAAGACUUCCCUUGUCCGCUGGACUCUGACCCUGCCAUGGUGGCAGCACCAGCUGCAGCUCCAGGGCCGGAGGUGGAGGCCCACCUGUCAGUGGCUCUCGGGGGCCUGCGGACAGUGUUCACCCCCCUGCUUUUCCGCGGCCUCCUCUCCUUCUUCACCUGGUGGAUCGCUGCCUGCCUCUUCUCCACAUCAAUAUUCGGCCUCUUCUAUCAUCAGUAUCUUAUGGCGGCAUAGCAGCAUUGCCCCAGGGUCAGUGUGGUGUCCCACAAGGCUCUGUUCCAGGCCCUUUCAGAAGUGACUGUGUGGGGCAGGUGCCCUAAUGACAACUCCCCUGCCACAGCCCUGUCACUCAUGAUCCUAUCAGCAGAGCUCCUCGUUCAUCAGCAGAGCUCCUCGUUCACCCCCAGUGCUUCCUCCAUGGAUGACUCUAAACCUUUUUUUUAUAACCUUAUUUUUGAGAGCAGGAUUCACAAAUCCUUACCAAGAGACUAAUGUAAAUGAGAGUAAUGAUAAUAUACACUGAGUGUACAAAACAUUAAGAACACCUUCCUAGGGGCUGUUAUGGUGACCGUAUUACCGCCACA